UUCAGUUCCCUUUCAAACCAGGUUGCUUUUCCUCUUCUCUAAUCUAUAUCUAUAUCCCACUGCAUUAAAUUCGUAUUUCCUCCACCCCCCACCCCCAACUUUCUCUCCACCAUUGACAACUCCAUUCCACCAACGCUUCAUCUUCAAGACUCUGUUCCGUCUUUCAGUCCUAAUCUUUAGUGAAGAAAGGCCAAGAAAGAUAAAAGGGGAAACAGCUCAAUCAUUGUACUUUUGCAUACAUUGUGAAGAAAGGGGGAGAGAGGAGAGGGGAAAAAGAGAUCAGCUUUCAUUUUCUUUUUUGGUUGGUUUUCGUUUCUCAAUCGUCAUCAUGGGUUGCUCUGCUUCUCGUCCUGCUAAUUUUGUCACUCAACAGCAAAAUCCCACAUCUAAUUCUUCUUCCUCAUUUUCGAAUUCCCUGCUGCAGUCUCCUUAUUACUCGUUUUCGGACCCUUCUUCUACGCCGGUUUCCAGAACUCUUUCUCUCCCUACGCCUUUAGUGCACCACCCGCCGUUGAGGAAAGGAGACUCUAAUCACUUUGUUUCUCUCACUUCUACCACCUAUGGUUCGCUUGUGCUCGUUGACCCCCCAAACCCCAGUUUCGACGGCCAAGAUUUUGCGAAUCAGACUGCCCAGAUGGGGAAGAUUCAAGAUUUUGGUAAUUCUGAGGACCCUUUAUCCCCAGACUCGGUUAUCAACACUUGGGAGCUCAUGGAAGGCCUUGAUGAAGAGGAAUUUCAUUUCCACAUGGUUGACUCUCCCAGAAAGCCAGGUAAUGAGGAGAUGGAUGUAAGUGAGAUAGUGAAAUCUUAUGAGUUUGUGGAGAACCCGGUAUCUAAGCCUUUGUGGAAGCACUUAUCUGAGGAAUCGUUGCUGGCGAAGAUGGACUACAAUGUGGUAUCCAGUUAUCAAAAGGCGUUGUUGGGUAGACACAAUGGAUGUGAAAAGCCUAAAGACAUUUCGGAAUCUCAAAAGGCCGAGUCUUUGGAGUCGAAUGAUGUGAACAAUUUGGUGUCUGACAGUGAUGAAUCUUCUUAUUUAGUGGGUGCUGAGGAUAGGAUUGUAUUGUAUUAUACUAGUUUGAGGGGCAUAAGGAAGACUUAUGAGGAUUGUUGCGCUGUCCGGGUGAUUUUUCGGGGCUUUAGAGUGUGCAUUGACGAGAGGGAUAUAUCUAUGGACCGGUCGUAUAGAACUGAGUUGCAGGAUGCCUUGAAAGGACAACCGGUGAGCUUGCCACAGGUGUUUGUUAAAGGGAAGUACAUUGGUGGCGCUGAGGAGAUUAAGCAGCUUAAUGAGACAGGAGAGUUGGGGAAGCUAUUGGAAGGCUUUCCACUUAAAGAUCUGGGGUUUGUGUGUGAGAGUUGUGGGGAUGCAAGGUUUGUGCCGUGCCCAAAUUGCAACGGGAGUCGGAAGGUUUAUGAAGAAGAAGAAGGAAAAUUGAGGAGAUGUCCUGAUUGCAAUGAGAAUGGAUUGAUUCGGUGCUCUGGUUGCUGCCCUUGAGCUCAAUUGCUCGUUAAAUGAGAAGUAUUAUGGGUCUCUCCUUGAGGUUAUUUAUCGAGUGUUGCUGCUAAUGGGUGGUGUAUCUAUUCGUCUGCGCUCAUGUCUAGUCUCAUUUAUUAUUAGUGAUUGUGUAGUGGGUAUUCACGUUCAUAGUUGGGGCAACCUUAAUCAAUAAACAAGUAACAUAAUAUGCUUGUUGCCUAUCGUGUUGGAGUUUGAGCAGAUUGUAAAUGUUCUCUAUUAUUUCUCUAAUUGAGUUUAAACUUGCUGCUUCCUAUGCACAGCAUUUAGUACCGUACUCUGUACAAUAUUUUGUAGAGUCGAGUAUGAUGGAUUCUUAUUAUUGCUUUGUUGAUGUU